AUGGCCAAGUUCCAGAACACCAAGACUGACAAGUCCACCACCACCCUCGGCUGCAACGUCAUGGCCAAGCCCCAGACCAACAAGGACGAGUACCACACUACCCUGGGCUGCACCGUCAUGGCCAAGCCUCAGGUCCAGAAGGACGAGUACCACACUACCCUGGGCUGCACCAUCAUGAUGACGGAAUGGCUGGAUGAGGCAGCAUGA